AUGGACUUGAGAGUUCUCAUUCUUUCAUCCAACAAAUUGAUAGGAGAAGUCUCAUCUGUAGUUUGCAAUCUAAAUUCUCUUGAAAUUCUUGACUUGUCGAACAAUAGUUUGAAUAGCUUCAUACCACAAUGUUUGGGAAAUUUCAGCAAUAAUCUUUCAGUAUUGCACUUGGGCAUGAACAAAUUCCAAGGAACCAUCCUUGAAACGUUUUCAAUAGGCAGCAACUUGAGAUAUUUGAACUUCAAUGGUAACCAAUUGCAAGGGAGAAUCCUACCUUCCAUCUGCAAUUGUAUAAAUUUGGAAAUUUUAGAUCUUGAAAACAAUAAUAUAGAUGACACAUUCCCCCAUUUUCUGGAAACACUUUCGAAGCUACAAAUUCUAAUUCUAAAAUCCAAUAAAUUUCAUGGUUUGGUGAAAGGGACUUCUGCCAAUUAUUCAUUCUCAAAGCUGCGAAUUUUUGACCUCUCCAACAACAUGUUUAGCGGACCUCUACCUGCGGAGUAUUUCAACAAUUUCAAGGCAAUGAUGAUCUUUGAUUUGAAUAUGAAAUACAUGGGGGCGCCAAAUCAUUCUUCUUAUGAUUAUUCUGUGAGUCUAACACUCAAAGGCUUAGAGAUUGAGUUGGUGAAAAUCCAAACGCUUCUUACAUCCAUUGAUUUGUCGGGCAAUAAAUUCACAGGGGAGAUCCCACAGUCAAUUGGAAAACUUAAAUCACUUAAGUUGCUCAACUUGUCUCACAAUCAACUCACGGGCAAUAUUCAACCAUCAUUGGGGAAUUUGAGCAAUUUGGAAUCUUUAGACCUCUCUUCAAAUCUUCUUGUUGGAAGGAUUCCAAUGCAGCUGACAUAUUUGACAUUUUUGGAAGUGUUUCGGGUUUCACAUAAUCAACUUGAAGGACCUAUUCCGGAAGGAAAGCAGUUCAACACAUUCGAUAGCACUUCAUAUGAAGGAAAUUUGGGAUUGUGUGGAUUUCCGCUAGAAAAAUGUGACAGUGGGGAGAGGCAACAACCAACAGCAUCAAAAGAAAUUGAUUCCAAGUCUAAAAUUGGAUUUGGAUGGAAAGCUAUAUCGGCGGGGUAUGGAUGUGGAGUAAUAUUUGGUAUUGCAAUGGGAUAUGUUGUGUUUAAAACAAGAAAACGUACAUGUUUUGUGAGGAUGGUUGAAGGUGAAAGGCAUCGAAAGCUUAAAAGAUUUAGCAAUUAA